AUGAUCCGCACUUGUUCUCAAUCCGUUCUGAAAUUCUCGGCUCGUUCUACACCUCGUCUUUUCCUAAGAGCGCAGUCGUCUAAUGCCUUAACCAGCUCACAAAUUCCAUUCACAUUCUCCAAAGCGGGACCCUUGGCGGUCAAGUACACGUCGCAACACGAGUGGAUCGCGGCUCACCAAGAUGGCACGGCUUUUGUGGGAAUCACCAAAUAUGCGGCAGAUGCCCUGGGCGAUGCCACCUACGUCGAACUUCCAGAUAUUGACACAGAGCUGGAGGCCGGCGACUCACUGGGCUCAUUGGAGUCAGUGAAGUCCGCUUCCGAAAUCUACUCUCCACUAGCUGGCACAGUGGUAGAGGUCAACGAGUCGUUGAACGACUCCCCACAACUGAUUAACGAAGAUCCUAUGGGUGAAGCUUGGAUCGCCAAGCUCAGACUAAGCAACCUUGAAGAUCUGAAGAACGAGGAGUUAAUGUCAUUGGAAAAAUACGAGGAAUCCUUAAAAGAGGAUCAUUAG